AGAGACAGCCUGCAGACUGAGAUGGUCACAAUCCAAUCUAUAGAGACUCUAGCCUAGGGACUGUCUACGAUCACAUAUGGGCGUCACAUCUCCCUUGUACUGUCCGCGAGCGCCUGAUGUCCAGGGAUAAACGCAGUCGGAGAUUUCGAACCUUUUGGGAAGGCGGCAGCGACCGUCAAAUCCUUCAAGUUGCUGGUCUAGUCCUGCAUGGCUCCGAGGAAGGGGUCUAGGGGCAAUGGUGCCGUCUUUCACAUGCAGAUUUGCAGCUUGCAUUGCCACUGGUAUUUUCGCCUCCCUGACGACGGUACGGUACGGUGAACCGACAUGGGCGACACUAUCCCCUUAGCGGAGGCAGUUAUUCUCUCCUCGUCUCUAGAGGGUAUCCUGUAUGGCAUCUCGGUGGGCAUGUUCGGUUUCACCCUGUGGGCCUUGUUUCCGAAGCAGCGUUCUAAAACAACCACCAAUCACGCGAUGAUAUUCGCUGCCUGUGCAUUAUUCUUGUUCAGCACCUUGCACAUCGCCGUAAAUAUCGCGCGCAUGAUCGUCGCGUUCGUGGGGAUUGGCAGCAGCUCCGAGGCCUGGCUGGGUGCCGUGUCGCAGAAGACAUACGUGCUCAAGAGCGCCAUCUAUAUCCUGCAGACCUUGACCGGGGACGGGGUUGUUAUUUACCGCUGCUACAAGGUGUAUCGGUCGCCGUUGGUCAUCCUGGUCCCGUGCAUUCUAUGGUGCAGUGUCCUAGGAACUGGAACAGGCGUGUUGCGCACAUUCUCGACGGCGGACACCAACGUCUUCGCGCACAAGACGACCGUAUGGGUGUCCGCCUUCUGGGGGACGACUCUCGCAACCAAUCUCACGGCCACCAUGAUGCUGGCAUAUAGAAUAUGGCGCGUCGACCGCAGCGUCGCCGAGAUGCGCCGCGCGUCCUCGCUGAAAGGGGUGCUGCGCGUGGUGCUCGAUGCGGGGGCGCUCUACUCGAUCACCCUCCUCAGCGCGCUUAUACCCUUCAUCUGCAAAUCGAACGGACAGUACGUCGUCUUGGACAUGAUCACACCGAUCAUCUCCAUCGCCUUCUACAUGGUCCUCAUUCGCGCGGGCCUGGCCAGAGAAUCGGAGACUCUGAAGGGAUCACGGAGGCCACUUUCUUCCAGCGUGCGGAGCGCGGAUCAGAGUGGGAUGGGAGGGAGCGGAUAUCCCAUGCAGCCUCUCGAAGUCCACAUCGCGGAGCUCACGGAGACCGAUCGGCGUGGAAUAGAUAUGGACACUCCCGGGUCCAUUAUUAGGAAGGACUUCGAAAUGGUUAGCCUGAGCUCUCGCUCCGAAGGCAUUGUGGCGAUAUUUGGGCCCGGGAACGCCCGCGAUCUAGAUCCUGACCGCGGAGGCACUAGUGGCGGUGCCACAAACUUCUGUCAGAUACGAGUCUAG